AUGGUGAAGUUCAUAAAGCCGAACAAGGCGGUGAUACUCCUCCAAGGCCGCCACGUCGGCCACAAGGCGGUGGUCCUCAGGAACUUUGAUGACGGCACCUGCGACCGCCCAUACGGCAGUUGCUUGAGCGCCAGCUUCGCCAAGUACCCGACAAAGGUCGUCCGCUGGGACUCCGCGAGGAAGGUCGCGGCGUGCAAGGAAAUCAAGGCCCAGUUCGAGGAGCGGUUCAAGAACGGGAAGAACUACUGGUUUUUCUUCAAGCUUCGGUUUUGA